AUGACCGUCUCCGAAUCAAAGGAGCUUCGAGGGCUCAACCUCAUCGCCGCGCAUUCCCAUAUCCGAGGCCUUGGUGUCGAUGGCACGUCACUCGAACCGCGAACCUCCUCGCAGGGCCUUGUCGGACAAGAAAAGGCGCGAAAGGCCGCCGCCGUCAUUCUUCAGAUGAUCAAGGAAGGCAAGAUUGCCGGACGCGCCGUGCUGAUUGCCGGCCCUCCCAGCACUGGCAAGACUGCCAUCGCCAUGGGUAUGGCGCAAUCCCUUGGCCCCGACGUCCCCUUCACCAGUCUCGCUGCCUCCGAAAUCUUCUCCCUCGAAAUGUCCAAGACCGAGGCCCUGACCCAGGCCUUCCGCAAGUCAAUUGGCGUCCGCAUCAAAGAGGAAAGCGAGAUUAUGGAGGGCGAGGUUGUUGAGAUUCAGAUUGAUCGGAGCGUGACGGGCGGCGCCAAGCAGGGCAAGCUCACCAUCAAGACGACCGACAUGGAGGCUGUUUACGACAUGGGUACCAAGAUGAUUGACGCCAUGACCAAAGAGCGCGUCAUGGCCGGCGACAUCAUUUCCAUUGACAAGUCCUCUGGCAAGAUUACCAAGCUGGGCCGGUCCUACGCUCGUUCGCGCGACUACGACGCCAUGGGCGUGGACACCAAGUUCCUGCAGUGCCCCGACGGUGAGCUCCAGAAGCGCAAGGAGGUCGUCCACACUGUCACCCUGCACGAGAUUGAUGUCAUCAACUCGCGGACGCAAGGCUUCCUGGCUCUUUUCUCCGGCGACACGGGCGAGAUCCGUAGCGAAAUCCGCGACCAGAUCAACACCAAGGUCGGCGAGUGGAAGGAGGAGGGCAAGGCCGAGAUUGUUCCCGGUGUGCUCUUCAUCGAUGAGGUGCACAUGCUCGACAUCGAGUGCUUUUCCUACAUCAACCGCGCCCUCGAGGACGACUUGGCUCCCAUCGUCAUGAUGGCCAGCAACAGGGGCAACUCGCGCAUUCGAGGAACCGAUUACAAGAGCCCUCACGGCCUUCCCCUCGAUUUUCUUGAUCGUGUCGUCAUCAUUCACACGCACAAGUAUAACCCUGAGGAGAUCAAGCAGAUCCUGACCAUCAGGGCGGCGGAGGAAGAAGUCGAGGUGUCUGCUGACGCUCUUGCUCUGUUGACCAAGAUCGGUCAGGAGGCCGGCCUGCGCUACGCCAGCAACCUCAUUACGACGUCGCAGCUCAUCAGCGCGAAGCGCAAGUCCAAGGCCGUGGACGUCGCCGACGUCCAGCGAAGUUUCUCCCUGUUCUACGACCCCGACCGCAGCGUCAAGUUUGUGACCGACUCGGAGAAGCGACUGAUAGGCAAUGAUGGCGGUGUCGACUUUACCGUCACCAAUGGCCACGGUGAGGCGAUGGAUGUGAGCUGA